AUGUUAUUGAGAAAACUACUAGGUGCAUCAUUUUUCUCUUUAAAGUGGUCUCGUGAUAGAGUAGUUGCGACAUUUAGUUAUCUCGGGUUCGUUUCCUUUAAUGUUUGGUACUUUUUGUAUUUCUGGUCAAUGUAUAACGUUUUCAUUGGUGAUCAAACGAUCCUUCGAAUUCUAUUUGAAACUAAAAUAAGGCAGUACGGGGAUUUGGUGGAAAAUAUUGUGAUAACUGCCUACGUCGUAUACACAAUGUGGAAAAUUUCAUAUGACUUAAGCGGAUCGACUGAACAUAUCCAGCAGAUUAUGGAGAUCGACGCUGAGAUCGAGAAAUUGGGUGAAAAGAUAGAUUAUUCUAAAAGUGCGACCGUAUCUUUAUUCGUUCUGAUUUCGCAUUUUGUCGUCUGCUUCAUACGUGUACUCGUUGUAUGCAUUUCCAUGGGCAACAGAAAGGCGUCUCUUCAUUACAGUAAACUAUUCCAAAUAACAUUUUCCGAUUCCCUAUCUUUUACAGUGACAAAUUAUUUUUGUACGUAUCUCUACGCGCUACGGGAUAGAUAUAAAAGAAUUAACCAGGUCCUUAUGGGUUUAGGAACGCGUACGGAUAAAAAUCUGUUCGUUCGAAAUAAAAACCUAAUAAAUGUGUAUAGAAUGGAAGAUAGAUAUGUUUGUAAGAAGAUAAAUGCUUGUGGGAAAGUAUACAGUAUGCUGUUUAAGGCGUCUGAAACUGCGAAUGACAAAUUCGGUUUUGCAUUGCUCCUGACUAUGUUUGUGUGGUUGAUAAUGACUGUAUUAUAUCUUUACUAUUUUAUGGAAGCCACCGCUGCCGGACUGUUUCACGACGUUCAAAGAUACAUUUACUUUUUAGUUUAUGUGUCUUGGCAGAUUAUUUUCGCUGUAGCCAUUAUAUCAUCUGCUAUAUAUUUUUGUGAAAAUAUUGUGAAGGAGGCUAAACUUACAUCAUAUUUGGUACAUACAGUCAUCAGCGACACUUGGGAUAUAUCUGUAAAGGAGGAGGCUUUACGUCUGUCGAUUCAAAUUGUUCAUCAAAUGCCUAAAUUCACAGCACGGGGUCUGUUUAUCGUGGAGUAUGAACUUUUAUUAGAGGGAGCCCGCUCUGUUUUGACCUUUCUUGUGAUAUUACUACAAUUCGUUACUCGUUAG